AACUCUCUGAGAAGAAAGUAUAUUCUUUCAUUUUUGGUGUACAACAUUUCCUGCAUGACAUCAGUGGUUGCUAUGCUCAAAGGAGGAGGAGAAGAAGACGAAGAAGAAUAAGGCUUCUCAUCCAGUGUUCCUCUGCGCUGGAGGCAGUGAACUGAGGUCAAGGCUCCUGUCUUUUCAUUAGGAUUAACUUGGCUGUGGAACAGUGCCUUUGUGUUGACAACAUUGUGUUCAGGUAGGGAUGAGGUCCCGGAAUAAUGGUGUGGAAUGUCCACCCGAUGGACAAAUUUGCAUCUCCCAGCCAAACAACAGGAAUGUGGAGGAGGAUGAAGGAAGUUCCCAGGGCUCCAAGAAGAAGAAGAACAAAUCUCAACAGCAGACACUGGGAGAGGUCAUGGUUUCAGGCACUGUGAAAAGACAGCUGAAGACCUUGGAGGCCAGUGUCCAAAACAACAAGUUGAUUGAGCUUUCUAAAGAUGAUCUGCUCCGUCUCCUCGGCAUAAUGGAAGGAGAAGUACAGGCACGAGAGGAUAUCAUUCACAUGCUAAAGACAGAGAGGACCAAGCCUGAGGUGCUGGAAGCUCAGUAUGGAUCGUCAGUCCCAGACAAUGCUCUGCGUGCAUUACACAGGGACACUGUCCUCACCAAAGCAACGUUCAUAGGAGAUGAUGUGUAUGAGACACCCAUGGCAGAGCUGGACAGGCUGGAAGAUAAACACAGAGAGACGUACCGCCGCAUGCUGGAGCAGCUCCUUCUGGCAGAGAAGUGUCAUCGGCGCACCGUGAACGAGCUGGAGAAUGAGAAGCGGAAGCACAACGACUACAUGAACAAGAGCGAUGACUUCACCAACCUCCUGGAGCAGGAGAGAGAGAGAUUAAAACGGCUUUUAGAACAAGAAAAAGCCUACCAGACACGCAAAGAAAAGGACCACAACAAGAGACUCAAUAAAGUGAGAGAGGAGCUGGUGAAGCUCAAGUCCUUUGCACUGAUGCUGGUGGACGAAAGGCAGAUCCAUAUCGAGCAGAUCGAUCAACAAACACAGAAGGUCCAGGACCUGAGUCAGAAGCUACAAGAAAAAGAGCAAAAACUGAAAGCUGUCAACAGUAAAACAAAAGAGGACUGCCAGAAGAUCCUGAAGCUUGAAACCGACCUGGAGCACAAGUCCACAAAGUUUGUGCAGGAGCAUGAGGAGAUGGCAGCCAAGCUAGCCAAUCAGGAGUCCCAGAACCAUCAGCUGAGGCUGAAGCUGGUCGGAUUGACACGCAGAAUCGAGGAGCUGGAGGAAACGAACAAGGUUCUUCAGAAGGCAGAGGAAGAGCUACAGAAACUGAGAAACAAGAUAAGCACGGGAGGAAGUGGGAACUCAAGCCUCAUGGCAGAGGUGGAGAAUCUCCGCAAGAGAGUGCUGGAGAUGGAGGGGAAAGAUGAAGAGAUAACAAAGACAGAAUCCCAGUGCAGAGAGCUGAAGAAAAAACUGCAAGAGGAAGAGAAUCAUAGCAAAGAGUUAAAGCAUGAAGUGGAAAAACUGCAGAAGAGGAUGGUGGAACUUGAAAAAUUAGAAGGGGCCUUCAAUGUUAGCAAAUCCGAAUGCACACAGCUACACGCUAGCUUGGAGGAAGAGAAGAGCCUGAGCAAAGAUUUGAUCAAUGAGUUAGAAGGCGUGAAAGCUCGGGUGAAAGAUCUCGAGGCUUUAGAGUUGAGACUGGAAAAAACAGAAUUAAGCUUAAAGGAUGACCUGACAAAGCUAAAGUCUUUUACAGUCAUGUUGGUGGAUGAAAGAAAAAAUAUGUCAGAAAAGGUUAAACAGGAGGAAAAGAAGGCCAAUUGUUUAAGCCAAAUGGUUAAGAUUGAACAAAACAAGGUUAUGGAAGUGACUGAGAAGCUUAUAGAGGAAAGCAAAAGGCUACUAAAAUUUAAAUCUGAGAUGGAAGGAAAGAUGUCUGGCCUUGUAAAAGAGAAAGAGGCACUACAGAUCAAUCUCAGGAGUGAGGAAGAGAAGUCAAAUGAAUUAAACUGUAAGGUUGGCUUCAUGAAAAAGAGACUUGACGCUCUUGAAGAUGCUGAACGGGAGGCAGCUAGAGGCAAGGUUAAGAAAGAGUUUGGUAGGCAUACUGAAGCAACUGGACAAGAAGACAACAAGGUUAAGGAGCUAACGCUUGAAAUUGAAAGACUGAAAAACCGUCUAAAACAGUUGGAGGUGGUAGAAGGUGACCUGAUGAAAACAGAGGAUGAAUAUGACUUGUUGGAUAAAAAGUUUAGAACUGAACACGACAAGGCCAACCUUCUUUCUCAACAGCUGGAAGAAAUGAAAAGUCAAAUUGCCAGGAACAAAGCAAUAGAAAAGGGAGAAGCAGUGAGCCAAGAAACAGAGUUACGCCAAAGGUACAAGAUGGAGGAGAUGAAAACCAGAGAUCUUCAGGCAGAUGUUCAGGCCCUGAAGGAGAAGAUUCAUGAGCUGAUGAACAAAGAAGAUCAGCUUUCUCAGCUACAGGUUGAUUAUUCUAUCCUUCAGCAGAGGUUUAUAGAAGAAGAAAACAAAAAGAAAAACAUGAGCGUGGAGGUUCUGAACCUGACCAAAGAGUUGGAGAUUACAAAACGGUACAGUCGCGCUCUCAGACCUAGCACGAAUGGUAGGAGGAUGGUAGACGUUCCAGUGACAUCUACCGGAGUGCAGACAGAUUCAGUAGCCAGUGAAACAGCUGAAGAGGACACACCUGCUGUAUUCAUAAGAAAAUCAGUCCAGGAAGAGAACCACAUUAUGAGCAGCCUGCGCCAAAAGGGCCUGAAGAAGCCGACAGAACGGCCAGCUGUGCUUGAGCGCUACCCUCCUGCAACCAGUGAGCUCAGCAUGAGAAAGGCAUGGAUUCCCUGCAUGAAGAGAAAGGAACAUGGUCCUCCGUCUGUCCCAGAAAAAGCAACGCAAUCUAGUGGGAACUCAGCACGGGCUGAAGUGGUGGUUUCACAAAAACAAGGCCAGCCCUUACAUAUCCGUGUCACACCCAACCAUGAACACAGCACAGCAACGUUGGAAAUAACCAGUCCAGCUUCAGAAGACUUCUUUUCAAGUGCCACUGUAAUUCCUACACUCGGGCUUCAGAAACCACGAAUCACAAUCAUUCCAACUCCCAGUGUUGGUUCGCCGAAGAGCAAAACAGGGGAAACCCUGUGGUCUGCAGAGCGCACUAUGUCUCCUGUUACAAUCAUCACUACGUCAAAGGGGAAGUCCCCAGAAACAGGCAAAACACCUUUUACAGAUAGACCCUUAUCUCCUAUCCAGACGAUGACAGUGUUUACAUCAGCAGCGGCCGAUGUUUCAGUGUCCCCAGAACCUCAGGAGAUGACCAUGGGACGCGCUGUUUUUAAGGUAACCCCAGAGAAACAGGCCGUGCCCACACCGAUCAGAAAGUACAACUCCAAUGCUAAUAUUAUAACUACAGAGGACAACAAAAUUCACAUUCACUUGGGGCCCCAGUUCAAGAGAUCUUCCACUGCUUCCUUAGAGAACCCUAAUCCAACAAUCACUGUUCGGCCAGUUACUGUGACAACGGAAAACAAGGAAGUUACGACAGGUACUGUCUUACGUUCUCCUCGUCAUAACACAGCCCCCAAGACUGGCACCAGUAAAGUGACAAGCAGCAUCACCAUAACAGCUGUUAGCACUGCCUCUACCAGACCUACGCAGUCAGUGCCUGGGCAGGAAGGGCCUCCAGCUCGCCCUGCACCCACACGCAUCCCGAUGACAAAAGGUAUGAAAGCAGGGAAACCAGUUUUAGGAGCCUUGGGAGCAGCAAAUAUGGCAAAAUUAGAGUCCCGGUCUGAUAGCCAGUCAAUCAAAAUUGAAGUGAAGAAGUCUGUAGUCAGCAGCUCUAACCCUCUGGCUGGAGGAAAGGGCUGAGGACAGGAGCCUGUGAAGGGAAAGCAUUGCUAUACAUCAAAUGAAAAUGCCCUCAAGAUGAAGCAUUGCUAUACAUCAAAUGAAAAUGCCCUCAAGAUGAAGCAUUGCUAUACAUCAAAUGAAAAUGCCCUCAAGAUGAAGCAUUGCUACACAUCAAAUAAAAAUGCCCUCAAGAUGAAAUGACGCUGAUGCUGCCAUGUUUCCAUUACUUCACCUUGCCUCCUGUGGGAUGAAGCCAUGCUGUAGGCCUCAAGCCAGCAUGGUCAACACAGAGUUUUAUGCUACAGCUGACACAGGUGCUGGAACUAUGGGGUGCUGGUGGUGUGGCAGCAUUGCUUCCAUCAUAUGCAGGGGUUUCAGUUUUGUUCAAUGGCUUUCAGCACCCCCACUAUACUGAUUAUAACCUUUAAAAACUUAAACACAUUGAAUAAAGCUGCUGCGCUUAACACACAGUCACAAAAACAUCCUUAAAGGGUUUAUUACAACUCUGAUACCAUUGCCUGUUUAAAUUAUAUUAAGAAGUCAGGUCAUAAAUGUACUGCUUCAAAUUUCAGGCCCGUUUUUGGAUUAUUGUUAUUCUAUUUUAAUAGCUGCUAGGCUCACAGCAAGCAUGCCUCUGCAAUGUCUGAAUGAAACAAUAUUCAUAAACAGAAUAUUUACUUAUUAAAUGUUUUGUCAGUACUACCAUUCUUUUGUGUGGUAAAGCAUAAUGUCCAAACAGGUUUGACACACUCACCUUUGGCUGGAAGGAGACGCAUGACUCUCGUUCUUACAUAGACACAAUGUUUUGUUCAUAGUGUUCUUUACUCAAAAUGCUUUAAACAAUAAAAGUUUGUAUAGUCUGUCUGUUUGUGUCUUUUACUACCCACCACCCACCCCCAAAUUAGUGGCAAAAUAUGAAGCUUUUAUUAAAAUGUGAAUGACGAACAAUAUACAACGUUAGCAACCACCAA